AUGUCGCCUUCUACCCUCAUCCUCUGUCUCCUCGUCGGAACAUCCUGGGCCUUCAUCCCAGAUGAUCCAGACUUCAGAGGGGAUGUUUUCGCAGGACGUCAGAAUGCCUUCGCCCCUUCUUCGGACACAGCUGAACAGGUUGUCGAGAAGUUCUUGGCUCGGAUGACUAGAUCGUUGGAAUCGAAGGAUGUCGCUGUGAUUUCUGGAUUGUUCCAGCCUGGAUUCGUCUUCAAGGGAUGCAAGGGAACUUACGGCAAGAGUCAAAUCAUCGGUCUCUUGUCCCGACUCCCAGCUGGAACCCAAUUCACCCUUACCCUCAAAUCCGCUCUCGAUACCGGAUCCUCAAUCAAGUAUACUGUAAUCGCCAGUGGAUUCGGACCAGCUUUCAUUGAAGCCAACUUCGUCUUGAACAAGAACGAUCAACAAUUGGAGAGUGGAGAGAUUCCAGCUUGUCAGAAAAGCAGCUUCGUUGGCUUUGGAUCAGUUCAGGAUCCAGCUGAGGAUAUGGUCAAGAGAUUCUUGGCUCGUAUCACCCGAUCGAUCGAGUCCAAGGACGCCUCCAUUCUCCUGGGUCUUUUCCAACCUGGAUUCGUUUUCAAGGGAUGCAAGGGAACAUACAACAAGCAACAAGUCGUCGGAAUGCUCUCCAAGAUUCCAGCUGGUGCCAAGUUCUCAUUCGCUCUCAAAUCAGCUGUUUCCCUCGGAAACUCUAUCAAAUACGUUGUAGCAGUUAGCGGAAUCAGUGCCACUCCAAUCGAAGCUGUAUUCAUGCUCAACAAAGUGGACCAACAGCUGGAGUACGGGAAUAUUCUGGGUUGCCCAAAAAGAUUCCUGAGAUCCGUUCAGCCAGAAGAUUCGGAUGCUGUCAUUCAGAGAUUCCUGACCUCUAUGAAGCCAAUCCUGGCCUCUCAUGAUCCAGCUCAGAUUGAUAAGCUCUUCGACGACGCCUUCCUCUUCAAGGGAUGCCAUGGAACCUACACGAAAGCCCAAGCCGUCGCCAAAAUCGCCUCGCUUCCAGCCGGAGCCUCUUUCGAUUUCUCGCUGAUCAACUCGAAAUGGAAUAACCUCGGACAAAUCGAGUACACUGUCUAUGUGUCCGUUCCACGGAUGGAUAGAAUCCAAGCACAAUUCGUCUACUGUCCACAGAGAAACAUUCUCAAGUCUGGAAGUGUUCCAGGGUGUCCAGCCAGAAGAUUCUACUGA